GCUUGGCCAAAAGUGCACGUUUGAGUGUGUACGCCUAUGUAGAACUCUUGGUUCUUUAAAACGUGCGUUUAAAAACGCCUAGUGUGUACACAGCCUUACUGACUACCUAGUUACAUAUAAAUACAGACGAUAACUUAACAACAAUGAGCGGCAGUUGUGAUUUUGAGUCCCACUCGGGUGGAGUAUUUUUUUCCAUAAAAAUCUAGUCCGAUAGUUCGAUAAUUCGGCAGAUCGUCUGGCUUUAAAACUAUUUUUGAUUGGUCCCACAUCUUCCUAAUUUUUAAGCACGUAGAAAUGACCAAAAAAGUGAGGAUACUUCAGAAAAGUGAGCGACUCCGAGGCCUGUGGAUAUUGUCUGAAAGAAGUGUAGUUCGUAAUAUUAUACAUAAGUGUGUCACCUGUGUAAGAACCAGGGGAAGAACUGCCCCUCAGUUAAUGGGUGAUUUACCAGCCCCUAGAGUUCAACCCAGUCGGCCCUUCAGUAUUACUGGAUUAGAUUAUGCUGGUCCUUAUUUGUUUAAGUUACGAGGUGGAAGAGGUGUUCGAUCUUCAAAGUGCUAUGUUGCUAUAUUUGUAUGUUUUUCCAGAAAGGCUGUACACCUUGAAUUGGUUAGUGACCUACUUACACCAACAUUUUUAGCUGCGCUGAAGAGAUUUAUUGCACGUCGGAGAAAACCAGUUAAAAUUAUGAGUGACCGUGCCUCCAACUUCAAAAAGGCUAGUAAAGAACUGAAGGAAGUUUAUAAAAAUGUGUCACUUAUAGGCAAGAGUAGUGAAUUGGCUCAUUUCAUCACUAGUGAAGGUAUAACCUGGAUUUUUAAUCCACCAGCCGCACCACAUUUUGGAGGAAUUUGGGAAUCUGCCGUAAAAUCAAUGAAGAUCCAUUUGAAGAGAGUUAUAGGAUCUAUAUUGUUAACGUACAAAGAGUUUGUAACGUUGUUAACACAGGUGGAAUCAUGCUUAAACUCUCGUCCCCUUUGUCCAAUGUCAAGUGAUCCCAAUGACUUGCAGGUAUUAACUCAUUGUCAUUUUUUAAUAGGUGCACCGUUGAUUGUUAUCCCAGAAUCUGAUUUGAGUGAUAUAGCUCUUCCUAGACUGAAACGUUGGACUCUAGUACAACAAACAGUUUCACACUUCUGGAGACGGUGGAAUGCAGAGUAUUUGACAACUCUCCAACAACAUCGUAAGUGGUAUCAUUCCUCACCGAAUUUGGAAAUUGGUGACCUUGUGUUACUAAAAAAUGAACAACUUCCUCCAAACCAAUGGAAAAUUGGUCGUGCUAUACAGACCCAUCCUGGUAGUGAUGGUCGUGUAAGAGUUGUUACUGUAUUCCCAUCUACAGGAAAGCUCAUAAGACCAGUUACUAAAUUGUGUCCACUACCCAGUAAUAAUUAAGUAAUAUUUAACAUUCGAGUGAUUGUUGGUUCGCUCCAGCUACAGGUGUAAUUGAUACCUUGCAGGUGUCAAGGCUGAGGGUAAUGUUUAAAUUAUUAUUUAUUAUUUUUUGGAAAGUUUUUUGAUGUUGUGAGAGGGCGCUUUUUUAUGCACGUUUUUUGGUGAUGUUCGUGGGGCGUGGUCGCCAUCUUGGCUGUAAAACGGAUUCGAGAGGAGUCUGGGCAGUAUUGAACGAGUGUUUUGGCUUGUCGAAACUAAUAAAGUUGUUUUAACAGUGCAAUUAUUGUGUGUGCUUGUAUACAGUCCAUUUUCGUCAUAAACACCAGGAGGGUCUGAAGCCAUUUGUAGUGUUAAAGUUUAUUUCACAUCGGUUAAAGGUUUUUCUGAGGUAUGUGUUAUUUAGUUAAAUCCGAUGUGCAGGUGAUCAUUAUUAUUAAUACACAAUUAUCCAUGUAUGAGAAAAACGGUGAAAUGGUAUAUAAAAAAAAGCAUUUUUUCAGAUGCUGGAUAUUUCACUAUAUAAUGCUUGUGUUUUGUAUCGCCAACAUACAAAAAACAGAUAUCAUCUCUUGAUUUUCAAAUGUCUGUUAUUAGAGAAGUGAUAGAAAAGUUUCACACAAGCAGACAUGUGGCCCAUCGCAGUCAACCGUCACACGAAAAUCUGUUAUAUUUAUCUGAAUGGCAUUUUUUGAGUUCUAUACUACCAAUAGAAAAAAGGAACAUCCAACAAGAGUUUGUAAAGUCUGUUCAGCAAACAAAAAGUGAGUAGAAUCACACUAUCAGUGUGUACAAUGUUCCAUUCCAUUAUGUGUUGUUCCUUGCUUUGAAUUUUAUCACACUAAAACCAACUUCUAAAAUAAAAUUUUUUGUUUUUACAAUUCCUAAUAUGUCUAUUUUGUAUGUGUAAAAUAUAAGGUAAUUUGGAAUGACACAAUAGCCACAAUUAUUAUUUUUGUAAAACAUGUAAUCACAUUAGGCUUAACAUCGAAAAAAAUUCAACAUCAGAUAGCUUUUAAACAAUAAUUCUGUAAACUUUGGUGUGUGUAUCUAAAUUGUUAAUUAAUUACAGUAGUUUAAAACUACUAUUCCUUUUCUCACUGCACAAGCAAUGGUUUUUUCUUUUUUCAUAACAGUCAUUGCCAUGGCAGUGACAGUGUAGCACCAGUCAACAAGUAGUAGU